AGGAGACAUUGAUCCAGCUUUCUGGGAAGUUCUGUUAUCUGCUCCCAAGAAAGACUAUGAACGCGUUUGUUUUGAAUUUGGAGUGACAGACUUCCGUUGGAUGCUCAAGAAAUUGAGCUUAAUGAAGAAGGAGAGAGAGAAGGAGCAGGCAAAGGUUGUCGAGAAUGUGCAAAAUGUGAAACAGAUUGAAGUGAAAACCAGCGGAAAGGCCGAAUUUGAGGUUGACAUGCAGCUGAAGGACCCUAAUAGUCAAGUUCACCUCUUUAAGGAUGGUGUCAAGAUUGAUUAUGGCACUGGCGGUGAUAAGAAACAUAAUCUUGAGCAAGUAGGCAGCAAGUAUUUAUUCAGCAUCAAAGAUCUUGGGCCAGACGAUGCUGGGCUUUAUCAAGUGGAUGUAGAAGACGCCAAUGUGCUCUCUUCUAAUUUCAAAGUUCCUGAUGUUGAAUUUGCUUCCGCAAUUAAAGACUGCAAAGCCAAGGAAGGCGAGAAUGCUACAUUUGAGUGUGGCCUGUCUGCUCCGGUUGAUAAAAUCAUGUGGUAUGGAAAUGAUGUAGCAAUGGAAGAUGAAGCGAAAUAUGAAAUCACUGUUUCAGAAGACAAGUUAAAUCACAAAGUUGUGAUAAAAGACCUUGACAUGGCAGAUCAGGGCACCAUUACUGCCAUAGCGGGUAUAGUCCCAAGCAAAGCCUCACUGGUUGUUAUAGAGGAUCCGAACCGACGCAGAGGCAAAGGAAGUGGUGACGACGAUGAGGCAGCACGACUCGCAGCAGAGAGAGCCAGGCUCCAAAAGGAGAAGGAUGAUCUGGAGGCCAAGAGACGGGCAGAGAGAGAUGCGGCUGCAGCUAUGUCUGGAGGAGACGGAUCUGGACUCGGAGACGGAUCUGGACUCGGAGAUGGAUCUGGACUCGGAGACGGAUCUGGACUUGGAGACGGGUCAGGUGGUGAUGGUUCUGGACUAGAUGGAUCUGGUGGUGACGGCUCAGGGGAUGGCAAAGAUAAGCGCAACAGGACAGGCCCUCUGGUACCUGACACCAUAAUAGAUCCAUCCGUCCAUUUCGCCAGUGGAUUAACAGACACCAGCGCUAACAAGGGAGACAAGGCUGAGCUGAGCUGUGUUCUCAACAGCGAGAGCUGCGAGGGCGUAUGGUUCAAGGAUGGAAAGAGGUUGACAUCAACAGAGGGUAUUACUGUUAUAAAAGACGGGGCCACCCACAAACUGAUCAUCCAUAGCUGCUCUGAGGAGGAUGCAGGGAAAUAUCGAUUUGAGGCAGCCGGGCGGAAAUCAGAGGCUAUGCUCAUCAUUCAAGACCCACCAAAGAUUGACUUGGAUUCUUUGAAAAAAUUCCAAGAACCUGUCAUCAUCAGAGCAGGUGAAAAUGCCUCGUUCAACCUGAAGUUCAUGGGGUUGGAGCCGAUGAAGGUGCAGUGGUUCAAGGAAGGUGAUGAGCUACUGCCAGGCCUGAACGUGAGGACCGACUCCUCUACCACUGGUAGCUCCCUGCUCCUGACUAAAUGCCAACGGAAAGACACUGGAGAAGUCCAAAUCAAAAUCAAAAACGAGCAUGGCACCAUUGAGGCCACCACAAGGCUGAUUGUUCUGGACAAACCCACCCCACCACAGCCACCAGUAGAGGUUGUAGAGAGUUCACUGAGUGCUAUUGAAAUCAAAUGGCGCCCCCCGAAGGAUGAUGGUGGAUGCCCAGUCACCAACUAUGUGUUGGAGCGCCAGCAACUGGGGCGCAACACCUGGAACAAGAUAGGGGAGAUCCCUGGUCAGCCCUCAUACAGGGACACAAACAUAGACCACGGCAGGAAGUAUGUCUACCGUAUUAAGGCUAAGAAUGUUGAAGGCAUCAGUGAUAUGAUGGAGACAGAUGACAUUGCUGCUGGCGUCUUGGCCCUCCCUGGUUCCCCAGCUCCUCCAAAGAUAGUCAGUGCUUUUAAGGAUUGUAUCAAUUUGACAUGGCCUCCUCCAGCCAUCACUGGUGGAGUCAGCAUAAUUGGCUACAACCUGGAGAAACGCAAGAGAGGAAGCAACUUGUGGACUAUGGUGAAUCGUCCUAACGAGCCAAUCAAAGAGAAAAAGUGUGCAGUGAAAGAUCUCAUCGAGGGAGCUGAGUAUGAGUUCCGAGUGUCUGCCAUCAACAUCUCAGGGGCAGGAGAACCCAGCGUUCCCUCUGAACUGGUGUUUGCAAGAGACCCCAAGAAGCGUCCAGGGAAAGUCAUUGACCUGAAACUGACUGGCUCCAGCUACAAUAGCCUGAGUCUAUCAUGGACCAAACCAAAGGCAGUGACAGACGUUGAGGAUGAAGCCAAGGGCUACUUUGUGGAGAUCCGACCAAUCGAGAGCCUUGAGUGGAGUAGAUGCAACGCGACUGCCUCCAUUCAGACAUCCUUCAACGUGAUUGGUCUGAAGUCCAUGGCCAUGUACUGGGUCAGAGUGAUCGCCACCAAUGAUGGCGGAGAAGGAGAGCCACAGGGUUUCGACAAUUACAUCAUCGCCAUGCCUCCUCCUGUGAAGCCUCGGUUUACCGAUAAAAACCUGAAAACCUUUAUGGUCGUAAGAGCAGGAAACACAGUCCGAGUCAAUAUCAACUUUGAGGCCUCUCCGAUGCCAGAUAUCACCUGGCUGAAGGAUGGAGCUCCAGUGGGUCAUCAUGUUACCGUCAGCAACUCUCACAAGGGUUCCCAGCUGCUUAUCCCCACGUCUGAGCGCACAGACACCGGCAUCUACACCAUCGUCGUCAAGAACAUCGUCGGCCAGGAGACGUUCAACCUCGAGAUCAGAGUGACAGAUGACCCCAAGCCUCCGGGCCCCGUGGAACUGGAGCAGAACGUCCAAGACACGGUGACCCUCUCCUGGGUCCCGUCUCCAGACGAGAAGCGUGAUGAUCGGCUAUACUACUUGGUGAUGAAGCGCGACUCCGUCAAGCGUACCUGGCGCACUGUGGGUGACCGCCUCUUCAACAACAAGUUCACUGAAGGCAACAUCUUGCCAGGCCGAGAGUACAACUUCCGGGUGUUUGCAAAGAACGACAUGGGCAUGUCAGAGCCAGUAAUGGCCCCAACGUGGGGCACUGCGGCAAAGAAAGAGAAAUUUACCCUCAACUUCCCUGAGUCCAAGGCCCUGGACUUAGAGUGUCCUCCAAAGUUCCUGGUUCCUCUGAAGCUGCACGCUGCGCCCCAGGGCUACGAGUGCUACAUGAGCUGCGCGGUGAGCGGGAACCCUAGACCUCACGUCACCUGGUACCACAACAACGUCAAUCUCAACACUGACACCGACUACUACAUCUCCAACACCUGUGGCAUCUGCUCCAUGCUCAUCUUAAGAGUGGGCCCCAAAGACACUGGCGUGUACACGGUGGUGGCAGAUAGCCCUCUGGGGGUGGCAGAGUGCUCCACUCAACUCACCGUCCGGGGACUAGAAGAUGUUUCGCUCUGAAGACGCGCAUCAUUUUCCCUGGCUGAUUUCAAAAUGAAGGACAGAGACUGUAAGCCUAGCUCAUUUUGUGGAGGUUCAAGUCUGUAUACAUCAAGAAAUGUUGUCCAUGUCUCCAUGGCUUUAUUAACGCAUGAUAAACACAACAUUGAAAUAUUCGCUUCGGAAUAAAACUUUUCUGAAUUUGCAUAAGUGAUUUUAGGGGAAUCACAACAUCAGCUUAUGGAUGUUUAAUUGAAUAAAUCAUUUUGUGUCUGAAAUAAAUCGGUCUUCUGAAAAAAAUCUGUACCCA